AUGGACGCGGUGCUGCUAGAGCACUUCCCCGGGGGCCUGGACGCCUUCCCGUCCCCUUACUUUGACGAGGAGGACUUCUUCACCGACCAGUCGUCUCGGGACCCUCUGGAGGACGGCGAUGAGCUGCUGGCCGACGAGCAGGCCGAGGUGGAGUUCCUCAGCCACCAGCUGCACGAGUACUGCUACCGCGACGGGGCGUGCCUGCUGCUGCAGCCCGCGCCCUCGGUGGCUCCGCACGCGCUCGCCCCGCCGCCCUCGGGAGGCCCCGGCGAGCCGGAGGACGGUGGUGGCGGCUACUGCUGCGAGGCGGGGGCGCCCCCCGGCGGCUUCUCCUACUCGCCCGGCUCGCCGCCCUCGUGCCUCGCCUACCCGUGCGCCGGGCCGGCCGUGCUGUCGCCCGGAGCGCGGCUGCGCGGCAUGAGCGGGGCGGCGGCGGCGGCGGCGGCGCGGCGGCGGCGGCGGGUGCGCUCGGAGGCCGAGUUGCAGCAGCUGCGUCAGGCGGCCAACGUGCGCGAGCGGCGCCGCAUGCAGUCCAUCAACGACGCCUUCGAGGGGCUGCGCUCGCACAUCCCCACGCUGCCCUACGAGAAGCGCCUUUCCAAGGUGGACACGCUGCGCCUGGCCAUCGGCUACAUCAACUUCCUCAGCGAACUCGUGCAGGCCGACCUGCCCUUGCGCGGCGGCGGCGCGGGCGGUGGCGGGGGACCGGGCGGCGGCGGGCGCCUGGGCGGGGACAGCCCUGGCAGCCAGGUCCAGAAGGUCAUCAUCUGCCAUCGGGGCACCCGGUCCCCCUCCCCCAGCGACCCGGAUUAUGGCCUCCCUCCCCUCGCGGGACACUCUCUCUCUUGGACUGAUGAAAAACAACUCAAAGAACAAAAUAUUAUCCGAACAGCCAAAGUGUGGACCCCAGAGGAUCCCAGAAAACUCAACAGCAAGUCUUCCUUCAACAACAUAGAAAACGAACCGCCCUUUGAGUUUGUGUCCUGA